UCAGUUCCCUAGAGACAAGCCGAGAGAAACAGACUUUCCCAGGGAGAGACUCUUUCUCCAACCUGGACAUGCUGCUGCUGCUGUUUCCCUUGCUCUGGGGGAUGGAGGGGACUGAAGGUCAGUCGUGUAACCCUUGGAGGGACUACAGGCUGCAAGUGAAGGGGCCGGUGAGGGUGCAGGAGGGUCUGUGUAUCCUUGUGCCCUGUACUGUCUUCUACUCCCACAAACACUGGACUGACUCUGACCCAGCUUACGGCUACCGGUUCCAGGAAGGAGACGAUGUAAACAAGGAUGCUCCAGUGGCCACAAACAAACAAGGCAAAAAGGUCCAGGAGGAGACCCAGGGAUGAUUCUUCCUCCUUGGAGACCCUGGGACCUGCAACUGCUCCCUGGACAUCAGAGACACCAGGAUGCAGGACUCAGGGUUGUACUUUUUUUUGGGUUGAGAGAGGAAAUAUGAAAUUCACUUAUAAAUCAAACCAGCUCUCUGUGCAUGUGACAGGUAAGGAACAGGUUCCAAGAGAGACCACAGAAGAUGGUCAUAGGACCCCCUACCCCUCAUGCUGAGAGGCGAUUGGGGUGAAGUGUGCCGGGUUCUGGGAGAGGAGCUGGGCAGAGCUCAUGGACAUAACUUGGAAUCCAUCCCUCUUGACCCUGCGUCCCCCCUCCCCCACCAGCCUUGACUCAGACCCUUAACAUCCAGAUCCUGGGGAUCCUGGGGGCCAGCCACCCCAAGAACCUGACCUGCACUGCGCCAUGGGCUUGUAAGCGGGGAACUUCCCCAUCUUUUCCUGGACAGGAACCUCCAUCUGCACCAGCAGCCUCGUGAUCCCCAACUCUCCUGUGCUCACCCUCACCCCAUGGCCCCAGGACCACCAACCUCACCUGCCAGCUGACCUUCCCUGGAGCAGGUGUGACCACAGAGAGGACUGUCCAGCUCAGCGUGUCCUACUCUCCACUGAACAUGACCAUAAAGGUUUUCCGAGGAAAUGGCACAGGUAGGAAGCACCUCUCCUCUCUGGGGCUGUUGGGAGCAGGGACUGGGCCAGGAUCUCCCACAUACUCCUGUACUUAACCUGGUGACAAGAGGCCCCCUUAUCCUGGAGUUCCUUUCUAAACCCUAUAACAGAACUUUGAGGCCCCAUAUCAUCCAACUCCUGGUGACUCCUCUAGCCUUGUCCUUUUAUUUUCCCUAAUAGUGUUUAUGUAAGUCCUUUUGGAGAGGUGAUACAUUCUCAUUGCUGAAAUUCAAAAUGCACAGCAAAGUCUCCCCCCAGAUGCCACUUUUCCUCCACCUAAUGUGUCUAAGAGGUCAUUCAAUGUCAGCGGUAGAGGCUGUCUCUUUCCUGUCUCUCGUUGUGCAGUAUCCGCUGUAUGGGUGGACUCUGGCUCCAUGCGCAUCCUUUAUUAAUGGGAAAGGAUAUCAUUAAGUUUUCCACUUAAAAAAAAUGAAUGCAACGAAUAAUCUUGUAUCUUUUAUCUAACUGUAUCUACUUUUACAAGUGCAUCUUGUCUGUGAAACAAACACUUAAAAGCAAAGUGACUGGAUUGUAUGUUCUUUCUAAUUUUGAGAGACAGCCAAACUGGAGUCUCUGGGUGGUACAAACGGUUAAGUGCUCAACUACUAACCAAAAUGUUGGUGGUUCAAACUCACUUAAAUGUGCUUUGGAAAUAAAGGACUAGCAAUCUGGUUCUAGCCUUGAAAAUCCUAUGGAGCAGUCUUACUUUGCAUAUAUGGGGUCUCCAUGAUUCAGAAUCGACCCAAAAGCAACUAGAAAAAAAAUGACCAAAUUGUUCUCCAUUGAAGCUGAUCAAGUUUAAAUUCCCAGUGAAAGUGUUUGUUUCUUCCCAGCCCCACCAACCCAGCGGGCGGUGGAACCUUGGGAUAUUUAUCAGUUUUAUGUCCAAAAUCCUUGGGUCAGUUGGUUGGGGGAGAGAUUCAGGCAGGAUGCCUAUUUACAGUCUUGAGGAAAAACCUCUAUCCCUCUGGAAACCUCAGAUUUUUGCUUUUAAGACCAUCAACUGACUGCAUCAGACCCACCCACAUGUGCUUUACUUUAGAUCAACUGGCUUAAAUGCUAAUCACAUAUAAAUAUCUUCAUAGUAGAAUUUAGGCCAGUGUUUGGCCAAACAAAUGGGCACCAUAGCCUAGCCAAGGAGACACAUAAAGUUAAUAUCUCAGCUGCCUCUCAGGGCCCUUCUCGCAGAGUCUCUGCUCUCUCAGUCUAGGUCUCUGAGUGUGUCUGUUUCCCUCAUCCUGUCUCUUUCUGUACCCUUCCUCAUUCUCUGGGUCUCUUUUUUCUCUCUGACUCUCAGAAUCUCUGUCUCUCUCUUUCUAGACUCCACCAUCACAGAGAACGGUUUAUCACCGCAUGUCCAGGAGGGCCAGUAACUGUGUCUGGUCUGUGUCACCAGCAGCAACCCCCCUAGCAGGCUUAGCUGGGCCUGGGGGAGCCUAACCCUGAGCUCUCCCCAGCCCUUGAACCCUGGGGUCCUGGAGCUGCCCAAAGUAGAAUCUAGAGACGGAGGGGAAUUCACUUGCCUGGCUCAGCACCUGAUGGGCUCCCAGCACAUCUCUUUGAGCCUCUCUGUGCAGAGUAGCCCCUCUUACUGUUGCUGUGUGUCUAUGAAGCAGGAGGGGUCCUGGCCCCUGUUCUUCACCCUGAUCAGGGGAGACCUCAUGGGGGCUUGCUUCCUUCUCACCUAUGGCCUCAGCUGGAUCUAAUACACCAGGUGAGCACACCUGCAUUUCUCCAUGGAAGCCCAUUGAUUGACUUCAAAUUUCUAGAGUUAGAAUUGAGGAAACUGACUCUGAUUUGAGACCCUGGUUUCUCUGCAUGUGUGGAGACCCCUAGCAGGGCAGGACUGAGCCCCGCUCCUUCUAAAGACAGGACUGAGGUGUGAACACGGAGCCCAGGGGAACAGACAGGGCCAUUAGGAUCGGCUUCUCCCUGGAAACACUCAGCCCACACCCAUUUCCCCUUGGAAGACAGGGCUCUGUGAACAGACAAAUGGCCCUAGUUAUCAGGUCAAAGAUAUCCUGGCACCGUGCCUGCUGGAGCAAUGUGGGUCCUAAUCCCAUGUAAGUGGUGUCUGUAUAAAAGAGAACAGAGACAGGUAUAGACAGAGGAAGGAGAGGCAGGUGACAAUGGAGGAAGACACAGCUGCAAGCCAAGGCAUGCCCAGGAUUGCUGGGAUCCAUUAGAAGUUAGGACAGAGGCAAGGCACAGUUUCUGUCUCUCAGAGCCUCAGACAGAAUCAACAUGGCCGAGAACCCGCUUCAAACUUCAAACCUCCAGAACUGUGAGACAAUAAAUUUCUGUUUUUGAAAGCCACCACUUUGUGGUACAGGCAGUCCCUGGGUGACAAACGUCCGACUGACAUAGAAUCAGUACUUAGGAACCAAGCCCGUGAAGACUAUUAUAUUAAAAUUAGAGGCAUGUACAAUGGUUAGUAAUAGGGUGCUAUUACAAAAGGGUGCUACUUUGCCAUGUGCAUCAAAACAUUAUUAUUGCUGUAUUAUGUAAAGAUGUUUUAGUGUAUCUGGAAGUGUUUCUUUAAUGUUUUUUAUGAACAGAAAAGGUACACUAUAUACUAAGACAAACAUUUGACUCAAUGAUGUUAGAUACGAACCAUACCUAAUUGUUCUGCCUUACAUACAAAUUUGACUUAAAGACAGAUUUAGGAAUGGAACUAGUUGGUAAUGCGGGACUGCCUGUAUUAUGUUAUGGCCGCCCUAGGAAACUGAGACAACUCCCAACUUUUCCCUGUUAGCUAAAACUUGUGUGGGCUAUUGUUGCAGUGUCUCCCCUUCCCCCAGCCCCUGGUAACCACUAAUAAACUUUUGCCUUUAUGCGUUUGCUUCUUCUAGGUAUUUCAUAUAAAUGGGCUCAUACAAUAUUUGUCCUUUUGUGCCUACUUAUUUCUAUCAGCAUGCUGUUUUCAAGGUUUAUCCAUGUUGUAACGUGUACUGAGGCUUCACUUCUCUCUAUGGUUGAGUAAAUAGUCCAUUGUAUGUAUGUUCCACAUUUUGUGUACCCAUUCAUCUCUCGGUAGACACUUGAGUUGUUUCCACUGUCAGGUGUUCUUAAUGUCUGUGCCUUGGGAGUCUCAGAACAUUUUUUUCUCCAUAUUCUAUCGGUCAGAGCAUCGCAACCAUGUCCAGAUUCAAGUGCAGGAGAAAGAAACUCCCUCUUGCAAUGGGACAAGCACUGUGUUUGUAUAGCGAGGAGUCGAAUUGUUUAGGGCCAUCUUUGGUGACUAGAUACCUCUUAUGGGUUGAAUUGUGUUCUCCAAAAAUAUGUAUUGUAAAUCCUAAUCUCUAUACCCAUGGCCAUAAUCUUAUUUGGAAAUGGAUUUUCUUUGUUAUGUUGAUAAGGCAGUGUUAGGGUAAUUGUGUGUCUUAAGUCAAUCUCUUUUGAGAUAUAAAAGAGUGCCUCAUCUUGGCUGGACAUAAUUCUCAGUGGUUUGGCUGUUAUGAUAUAGUUUGGUUUAUGUAAUGACGUAAUCACUUUCAUAAUGAGAUCUGCUAUGAGCAGCCAAUCAGUUGAAAGGGAGUUUCCAUGGGGACGUGGCCUACAUCCAAUAUGUAGGGACUUUCUAGCAAAGCUGACUGACUUUGGCUCUGCUCUGGAUACUGCAUUUGGCUCAUCAUCAUCUGACCUCCAGUUCUUGGAACUUGAGCCAGCAGUCUGCUGUCUUACCUGCUGAUCUUGGAUUUGUCAGCCCCUGAAACUAUGUGAAUUCCAAAGCCUCCAGCCUGACACCUGAAGCAUGGACUUGGAUCUAUAUAUUAAAUAUGUAUAUUUAAAGCUCUUAACCACUGCACCAAAGGACUCCGUGUGUGUGUAUAUAUAUAUGCCUAUAUAUAUAUUCCCCCCCCCGCCCACUGGUUUUGCUUCUCUAGAGAACGCAGCCUAAGACAAAGAGCCAAUUAGAGAAGAAGCAAAAAAGUAGUUGGGGGAAGAUUAAUGCCAUGUCACAUGAAAUCUCCAAGGAGCAAAGAAACAGGAGCUGAAAGGAGACAAGUACCUUCCCCCAGAGACAACAAAGACAGAAAGUCUUCCCCUAGAGCCACCAUUUUGAAUUUGGAGUUCCAUCCUCUGAAAAGAGAAAAUAAAUUUCUGUUUGUUAAAAGUUACCAAAUUAUGGUAUUUCUGUUAUAGCAGCACUAGAUAACUAAGACAUUACCAUAACCACUCACCUGUCUGAUUGUCAGGUGUCUCCUCAGCCAGAUAGGGAGAAUGGCCCCUCUCUGUCAGGGAUGUUGGGAGGAUGAAGCGGGACCUUGGCGCAAUGGUUCAGAGCUCAGCUGCUAACCAAAAGGCUGGCAGUUCAAAUCCACCAGCAGCUCCUUGGAAAUCCUACAGGGCAGUUCUACUCUGUCGUAUCGGGGCCCUUGAAGUCUGAAUUGACUUGAUAGCAACGGGUUUGGUUUUAGGUUUUGUGUAAAGGGAACCACAUAGCCUUCACCUUCCCUGACUGUGAACCUGAUGACAACAGCCUGAAGUUGUCCACAGGACAUUCCUGAGGUGGAUGGGAAGACAAGUUGAAGGAACACAGAGAAAAGACCAGACCAGUAACCUGGUCUGCCCCUCCCAGAUGCCCUCCUUCCAGAUGAACCUGAGUCCUGCCCAGUGAAUCUGACAUGUUAAUCCUCCUGGCUCAGGGCUGUUGUUGUUAGCUGCUGUUGAGUCAGGCCCCGACUCACGGAAACCCCACGCACAAUAGAACAAAAUGCUACCUGGUUGUGUGCCAUCCCCAUGAUUCAUUGCAGAUCAGACCCUCAUGAUCUACAGGGUUUUUAUUGGCUAAUUUUUGGAAGUAGGUUGCCAGGUCUUUCUUCCUAGUCCUUCUUAGUCUGAAAGCUCUGCUGAAACCUGUUUAGCAUUGUCAAAACACACAAGCCUCCACUGACAGGCAGUUGGCAGCUAUGCAUGAGGUGCAUUGGACAGGAAUUGAACCUAGGUCUCACACACAGAAGGCAAUGAUUCUACCACUGAAUCACCAAUGCCCACUAGGACUAGGGUUCUUUUUCUGUGCUAUCAUGCUCUUUUGCUGAAUUGUAAACAUUACCAAAGCCAAUGCUCAGUUCCUCAUCAGCACCAAGACAACUGCGAGGGAUCCCCAGGAACCAGGUUCUGCUCUGGAUUCAAUUCCUGGCCAAUACAGGAAUCGAUCUGUCUUUGGGGGCUUGUAUGUUGCUAUGAUGCUGAACCUUCUCAGCAGAGCUUCCAGGCUAAAAUGGACUAGGAACAAAUGUCUGGCAAUAUACUUCCAAAAAUCAGUCAUUGAAAACCUUAUGGAUCACAAUGGUCUAAUCUGCAGCUGAUCAUGGGGAUGGCACAGGACUGGGUAGCACUUUGUUCCAUUGUCCGUGGGGUCACUAUGAGUUGGGAGCUGACUCCAUGGCAGCUAACAACAGGAUAUGUCUUAGGCAGAUGGAGUGCCCCCUCUGGUCUCUACUCUGACCCCUGCUGGGGCACAGGUGGGGUUGAUUACAUAGGGAACCAGAGGAUUUGGUGGCUGGCUGAAGAUUCCCAGGACAUUGGGCAAGUGAGUGGGAUUAGAGACACAAUUCCUGAGGGCCCAGGAAUUCCCAGGACCUCAGGGUCACCUAUGGAAACUGCAUGCCUCAUGAUUGCCUGGGAGCCCUGACUAUGUCCACUCUGCCCAUCCCUCUGUGUGAACUCACUUCUCAGUCCAGAAAACCAAGAGCUCCACCCAGCUCCAGCCUGUGCUUCCCUUAUGACAGCUUCCUCCCCUAUGGCACCACAAUUGUCUCGUGGCUUCUCUGUCUUCCAGCCAGCUGCUGUUCUCAAAUACAAGGACUAGAACUGUCAGAGUCACCCUUUACUUCUAGCUCAAGGCAUAGCAUAGAUGCUGUGAAUUAAUUUUUCUCCUUCAUCUCAUGGGGGAGAAUUGAAAAUUCUUCCCACAAAUUAAUACAAAAACUUCUCCUCUCCCACUCCAGUGAGUCCUGGGGAGACAAAAGUUCAAUGAGGUGCAGAGAGUGGUGCAUGGGACACAGCACUGUGUGAUUUGGGCAAGUCAUUUCCCCACUUGGAACCUCAGUAACUUCUGCAAAUUGGAGCAGCGAGGCUAGAAGAACUCCAGCUUUGAUAGUCUGUUGUCUUAAGUUCCCUUUUGGGCCCAGUUACCCAUUAGAUAGUCUGUGGCUUCCCUAUGCUUCUCGUAACCACUCUUCUGUUUUUCUUUGCACUGGGGGCCGUGGGAAGCAGAAUGUCCACGGCCGAACUAUUGUGACCACAGAGAUGUGACCACACAACUGCCCUUGCUGAGAGAGUGAGCGGGCCAGGAGUGGGGCCCCUGUGGGGGUUGAGUGUCUUAGUUGUCUAGUGCUGCUGUAACAGGAAUACUGCAAGUGGGUGACUUUAAUGAGCAGGAAUUUAUUUUCUCACAGAAUAGGAGGCUAGAAGUUUGACAUCAGGGCAUAGGCUAGGGAAAAUCUCUUGUCUGUCUGCUCUGGGAGAAAAUCCUUGUCUCUUUCAGCUUUGUUUUCCUUGAUUCCUUGAUGAUCUCCACUUGGCAUCAAUCUUUCCCCACAUGUGCUUCCUUGCUUGUGUGUCUAAGGAGCCCUGGUGGCACAGUGGUUAAGCACUCCGUUGGUAACCAAAGGUCAUUGGUUUAAACCCAUCAGCCACCCCAGGGGCAAGAGAUGUGAUAGUCUGCUUCCGUAUAGAUUUAUAGCCCAAGAAAGCAUAUAUUGGUAGUUUUAUUCUGCCCUAGAGGGCCUCUAUGAAUCAGAACUGACUAGACAGCAAUAGGUUUUUAGUUGCCAUUACGGUGAGCUAGAAGCUCCUUCCAGAGGAGUAGGAAGUGGAGGAGGCCCAUAGUGGGGUUUUGUGCUUGCAAUGUUCCAUUUCCUGCAAGGUGUUCAUUUUGAGGAAAAUCACAAAAUGAUUUGGGCAAGUCGUUUGCCCACUCUGGACCUCAGUAUCUUCUUCUGCAAAUUGGAGAAGUGAAACUAGGAGAACUCCAGCUCUGAUGGUCUGUUGUCUUAAGUUCCAUUUUGGGCCCAGUUACCCAUUGGAGCUCAGUUUUCUGUAUGUUACAAUUCUUCCCCCAAAAUAUUUAAGGUCUGAGGAGGCUUCACCUGCUAUGACUACCACUACUUCCUCCCCAGCCCACCUAUAUGCAAAAAACCAAAGCAGUUGCUGUUGAGGGAAUUCUGAUUCAUGAUGACCAGACCCUUUUGUUCAGUGUAAAACUGUACUACAUAGGGUUUUCAGUCGGAGCUCUGGUGGCUCAGUUGUUAAACACUCAGUUGCUAAACAAAAUGCCCAAAGUUUGAACCCACCAGCUGUUCCAUGGGACAAAGAUGUGGCAGUCUGCUUCCGUAAAGAUUACAGGCUUGGAAACACUAUGGGGCAGCUCUACUCUGCCCUACAGGGUGGCUUUGAGUUGGAGUCAACUUGACAGCAACGGGUGAAUCUUAUAGACAUAGAUCACUAGAAUUUUCUUCCAAGGCACCUCUGGAUGAGUUAGAACUGCCCACCCUUUGGUUAGGAGCCACAUGCUUAAGUGUUUGGGCCCUCACCACAGAGUUAAAACUAAUAUCUCCAAAUGAAGAACACCAAGGUCACAUGAUAACUAAGAGCCCAAGAGACAGAAAGGGCCACAUGAACCAGAGACUUACAUCAUCCUGAGACCAGAAGAACUAGUUGGUGCCUGGCCACAACCGAUGACUGCCCUGACAGGGAGCACAACAGAGAACCCCUGAGGGAGCAGGAGAUCAGUGGGAUGCAGACACCAAAUUCUCACAAAAAGACCAGACUUAAUGGUCUGACUGACACUAGAGGAAUCCCGGCAGUCAUGGUCCCCAAGCCUUCUGUUGGCCCAGGACAGGAACCAUUCCCGAAGACAACUCAUCAGACAUGAAAGGGACUGGACAGUGGGUAGGAGAGAGAUGCUGAUGAAGAGUGAGCUAUUUGUAUCAGGUGGACACUUGAGACUAUGUUGGCAUCUCCUGUCUGGAGGGGGGAUGGGAGGGUAGAGAGGGUUGGAAGCUGGCAAAAUUGUCAUGAGAGACUGGAAGGGCUGACUCAUUAGGGGGAGAGCAAGUGGGAGUACGGAGUAAGGUGUAUAUAAACUUAUAUGUGACAGUUUGACUUGAUUUGUAAACGUUCACUUGAAGCUCAAUAAAAGUUAAUAAAAAAAAAAAAAACUCUAACAUCUCCAAAUUCAGAAGCACAUUUCUCCGCCCGCUGAAUCUGAACCAUGCCGAGGGGGACAAUCCCACAGUUGGCAAUCCUCUUGAGCUCUGGACUCCCAGGAAAGUAGGAUGUGCAGGAGCAAACCCUGGAUGCCAGGCAGUCCCUGUAGUGUUCUGGAGUAAUGACAAAUGUGGCCAGUGAGACUACAGGGGUGAUGGAGUCACUACUGGCACCCAGAUGGCUGAGACAAAGGGAAACCUGCCCUUUUCAAAAUCAUCCGCUUCACUUUUCCACUCUCUUUCCUACCAAGUCCUUUGUACAGAUUACCUCGGCUUCAGUUUUCAGGGCUUCCUAGGACCCAGGCUCUCUAUGCCUUUGGAAUUAACACAUGGAAGCCCCACUACCACAACCUGAGAGUCCGGAGAGUGUCCCCUCUGCCCUGUCCUCCUGAGAAUGAAAUUUGCAACCUGGGGGCAGUGACCCACCCCUGUAUCUCCCUCACACCUUCUGUCAUGGGGAGAUACAGAUGCCAGGAGAAAUUUUAUCUCCACUACGUGGUGACACCCCAAGGGCAACGUCCAAGUGGGUUGUUCAGAGAAGGGGUGCCCAUCAAGUGUAUACUGAGGGAGGGAGGUAGAGAGAGAGGGAGGGGAGGCUGCCUCCCUCAUCUACCAGGGCUGCCCCAUCUCUCAUGUGCCUGAUCUCAACUCCCAAGCCCCUCCUGGGCCCCACCCUGGUAGAAAUGACCUCCAAAAACCCUAGAGCAAGCAACUCAGUGGGAUCAGGCCAGAUGGGACCGAAUUUCACAUUGUAGACGUGCCACCCAAGGGGAAGAAGGUUGACAGUGAGGCAAGAGAUAGAGGCUGGUCCCUGCAUUGGAUGUGAACUUGGGCUAGUUUCUUGCCCUGUGUGGUGUCAGGGCCCCAGGAGAGGACACGUGAAGGUGAUGAUUGGUCUCCAAGGGCUGACUGGCCCUGACAAUGCCUGGGUCUGAGGUUCCUGCUCUGAGGAUGGUCACUGAUCAGCAGUCUUUCCUCACCCCCAUCUUCCUGUUGGGGCUUCCUCUAAAUCUUGCAGAUCUUAGUUCCCUAGAGACAAGCCAAGAGAAACAGACUUUCCCAGGGAGAGACUCUUUCUCCAACCUGGACAUGCUGCUGCUGCUGUUUCCCUUGCUCUGGGGGAUGGAGGGGACUGAAGGUCAGUCGUGUAAACCUUGGAGGGACUACAGGCUGCAAGUGAAGGGGCCAGUGAGGGUACAGGAGGGUCUGUGCAUCCUUGUGCCCUGCACUGUCUUCUACUCCGACAAACACCGGACUAACUCUGACUCAGCUUACGGUUACUGGUUCCGGAAAGGGGCCAAUAUAAACAAGGAUGCUCCAGUGGCCACAAACAAACAAGGUCAAAAGGUGCAAGAGGAGACCCAGGGUCGAUUCCACCUCCUUGGAGACCCCAGGAACUGCAACUGCUCCUUGGAUAUCAGAGACGCCAGGGUGCAGGACUCAGGGUCAUACUUUUUUCGGGCUGUGAUAGGAAAUAUAAAGUACAGUUUUCAAUCGGACAAGCUCUCUGUGCAUGUGACAGCCCUCACCCAGACCCCCAACAUCCAGAUCCUGGGGAACCUGGAGUCCGGCCGCCCCAGGAUCCUGAACUGCACUGUGCCCUGGGCUUGUGAGCGGGGAACCCCCCCCAUCUUUUCAUGGAUGGGGGCCUCCAUCUCCCCCAGGGACCCCAUGAUCCCUUACUCCUCAGUGCUCAUCCUCACCCCACAGCCUCAGGACCACGGCACCAACCUCACCUGCCAGGUGACCUUCCCUGGAGCAGGUGUGACCACGAAGAGGACCAUCCAGCUCAACGUGUCCUACCCUCCACUGAACAUGACCAUAACUGUCUUCCGAGGAAAUGGCACAGAAUCCACUGUCAUAGGGAACGGUUCAUCACUACAUGUCCAGGAGGGCCAGUACCUACGACUGGCCUGUGUCGCCAGCAGUAACCCCUCUGCCAGGUUUAGCUGGACCCGGGAGAGCCUAAUCCUGAGUCCCUCCCAGCCCUUGAACCCUGGGGUCUUGGAGCUGCCGUGUAUCCACGUCACGGAUGAAGGAGAAUUCACCUGCCAAGCUCAGCACCCUCUUGGCUCCCAGUACACCUCUCUCAGCCUUAUCCUGCAGAGGGAAGCGUGGUUUGAAUCUGGAGUGGUGCUGGGGGCAGUCGGGGGAGCCGGUGCCACAGCCCUGGUCUUACUCUCCUUCUUCCUCAUCUUCAACAAAGUGAGGUCCUGCAGGAAGAGAGCGGCAAGGCCGGCAGAGGACAUGGAGGACACAGACACGGAGUAUGCAAACACAGUGUUGGGGAGGGCCUCUCAGGGUGUCCUGAUUGAAUUCCGGGAAAACAGCCCCCCAGACCACCUUCCCCCUGCUGUGGCCACCCCCUCCUCAGGGGAGGAAGAAGAGCUCCAUUAUGCUUCCCUCAAAUUUGAAUGAGAAGAAAACUGAGCAGGAAGCUACCAGCAAUGAGUACUUUGACAUCAAAAUCCACCAGUGAGAAAUUGGAGAGACCCAGCCCUGGCUUGAGGGAUCACAGCCCUAUUGGGGCAAGGAGAGGGCAGGGGCUGAUUCCUGUAGCCCUCAAAGUCCUCUAAGUGUUAACCUAUACAUUCAGUGGAAAGAACAUAGGCUUUAGAAUCACAGAGCUUCAAGUUUGAAUAUAAUCCCACUUAAAUGAAGUUCAAGGACAGACAAAAUUAAUUUAUGGGGACAGUAGCUGCCUCUCUUUGGGGGAACUAGGAUUAACUUCAAGAAGACAUGAGGAAAUUUUCCGGGGUGCUGGAUAUGUUCUAUCUCUUGAUUGGGAUUGUGGUUUCAUGGGUGUAUGCUUUUACCAAAACUCAUUGAAUUAUGUGUGUAAAACUUAUGCAUUUCACUGUAUAUAAAUUUGCCUUCAAUGAAAAAAGUAAAAAAAAGGGAAAGGUUUUGGAUAAAACACAGUAGCUAUGAA